AUGGAGUCGAAACCUGCCUUAGAGGCAAAGGAUGUGGACGUUGGCAAGGCCGAGGCGUCCCUCCCUUCCUACUCCCAAGACAAUUACGAUGUUGUGGUAGUGGAUGAGCAUGAGAAGCUUGAUUUCUGGACGCGCAAUGGCCUGAAUGCCAAUUCCUUCAAGCGAAGAAAGGGGAGUGGUAUUACUGAGUUGAAUCGGAACAUGAAAACUCGCCAUAUGCAUAUGAUUGCAAUCGGUGGCUCUAUUGGUGCCGGUUUCUUUGUUGGUUCCGGUGGCGCGCUGAGCACCGGAGGCCCAGCAACGCUCUUCCUCGAUUUCUUGAUUAUCGGUGUUAUGAUGUUCAAUGUCGUCUACGCGCUCGGAGAAUUGGCUGUUAUGUAUCCCGUGUCCGGUGGUUUUUACACUUACUCAACCCGAUUCAUUGAUCCGUCAUGGGGCUUUGCCAUGGGGUGGAACUACGUCUUUCAAUGGGCUGUCAUUGUUCCUCUGGAGCUCACAGUGGCCGGUUUAACAAUAGGCUACUGGCAGGUAGACGUGAGCGUUGCAGUAUGGAUUACCGUUUUCCUCGUCGCAAUCAUCAUUGUGAACAUCUUUGGCGCUCUUGGAUAUGCCGAAGAGGAAUUCUGGUCUUCUAUCCUGAAGCUCGGCGCGAUCAUUGUCUUUAUGUUCAUUGCUCUGAUCCUGGUUUGUGGCGGUGGUCCGUCUCGCGGCAUCUAUAGCGAGUACUGGGGAGCGCGUACCUGGUACAACCCGGGCGCUUUCCGCAACGGCUUCCGCGGCUUCUGCUCUGUCUUCGUCACGGCCGCUUUCUCCUUCAGUGGAACCGAACUGGUUGGUCUUGCUGCCGCUGAGGCUCAGAACCCUGCCAAGGCUCUGCCCGGAGCUGUGAAACAAGUCUUUUGGCGUAUCACCUUGUUCUACAUUCUCGGUCUCACCUUUGUCGGUCUUCUCGUCUCCUCCGAUGACAACCGCCUUCUGGGCGCCGACGCCCUCAUCGAUGUCAACGCCUCCCCAUUCGUCCUCAUUGCCGCGGACGCCGGCCUCAAGGGCUACGACAGUUUCAUGAACGUCGUCAUUCUUAUUUCAGUGCUGUCUAUUGGCGUCUCCGGUGUCUAUGGUGGCUCGAGAACCUUGACUGCGCUUGCCGAACAAGGAUACGCCCCCAAAAUCUUCACCUAUAUUGACCGCUCCGGCCGACCUCUUGUGUCGGUGGCCACCUUGAUUAUCUUCGGUCUGCUUGGCUAUGUCAACCUUGACGCUAAGGGUGAUGUUAUUUUCGCAUGGCUUCAAGCCCUCUCCGGUCUCGCCGCCCUCUUCACUUGGGGCUCCAUCUGUCUGGCCCACAUCCGCUUCCGUAAUGCAUGGAAGUACAACGGCCGCACCUUGGAUGAAAUCCCAUUCCGGGCCGUUGGCGGCAUCUACGGUUCCUAUCUCGGACUUACUCUUAUUAUUCUUGUCUUGAUCGCUCAGUUUUACGUGGCCAUCUGCCCACCAGGUGGCGGUAUCAACGACGCCGAAGGCUUCUUCCAAACUUACCUUGCCCUCCCCGUCGUCAUUUUCUUCUGGAUCUGCGGUUUCCUCUGGAAGAGACGGGGUUGGCUUCGAACCAGCCAGAUCGAUAUCGACUCCGGUCGUCGCGAGGUCGACUGGCCUGAGAUCCACGCCGAGCGCCAACGUAUCGCCGCUAUGCCUGGGUGGAGACGGGCCCUGAAUCUCAUCAUUUAA